AUGGCUCCGCGGGCGAGCGCGCGCGCGCAGAGCUCCAGGCGCGGGAAAAAGCCGCGCGCUGCUGCGCUGGAGAAGGAUAAGGGGGAGAAGGGGAGAGAAAGUCGUACUCGCCUCGACCUCGACCUCCGUCGGGAAGCAGGUCCCGCCAGCGAGCCUCCUCCCCGCCUGGCAAGACCCGCUGGCGACGCUGCACCCCGCCGGUCUCCUUCCUCCUCGACGAGCUCAUCCCCGCGGGUCGUGCUCCUCCCCGCCGGGAAGCAGGUCCCGCCGACUGCGCUGCUCGCCUGGAAGCAGAUCCCGCCGGCGAGCCUCCUCCCCGCCUGGCAAGACCCACCGGCGACGCUGCUCCCCGCCGGUCUCCUUCCUCCUCGACGAGCUCGUCCCCGCGGGUCGUGCUCCUCCUCGCCGGUCUCUUCGUCUUCGUCGCCAGAAGCUCCUCCCCGCCGGUCUCCUCCCAAGAUGACGGGAACAGAGGGUCAAUCUGAAACUGCAAGUGGAACAGAGGGAGCAACUGUCUUGAGAAGGAAUUCAGAUGAUGUGGGAUGGGAGUAUGGGGUUCUUGUUGAUCCGAACAACAAGGACAAGGUGAAGUGCAUACUGUGUGACAAGCAAAUGUUUGGAGGGGUUUAUCGGUUGAAGCAGCAUAUCGCCCAGGAAGGAAAGAAUGCGAAGAAAUGCCAGGGCACGAAGACCACCAAAGAGAAGUUGCUAGAGGCUCAAGAAAAGUGCAAGAAAGCACUAGAUGAAGCGAAAAGGAAGAGGGAGGAGAAGACUGUUCGUGAGCUAGAACUUAGAGAGGAAGUUCAUGUAUCUAGGGUUGGAGGGUCAGAGGAAGUCACUUGUGUUGGAAGUUCAGAGCCUCACAAAUUAGGCCCCAUGGACAAAUGGACAAAAGCUAUUGAUCCUACAGCAACCAAAUCUGAAUCUUUGACUCAACAGAAGCUGAACAAGGAACUUUGGAAAGAAAGAUUACAUGAGGUGCAUAAAUAUAUUGCAAGAUGGGCCUAUAACCAUGCAAUACCAUUCAAUGCAUGUGACAAUGAUGAGUUCAAGCAAAUGUGUGAAGCAAUUGGACAAUUUGGGCCUGGAAUUGAACCUCCAACUAUGUUUGACCUGCGAGGAAGAUUGCUGGAAGAAGAAUAUGCAAGAACCAAGAGUUUGCUGCAAGAACGUGAAGCCGAGAAGUUGAAGAAUGGGUGCUCUAUUAUGACCGAUGCUUGGUCAGAUAAGAAGAGGAGAAGCAUAAUGAAUGUGUGCAUUAAUUGUGCUAAUGGAACCAGUUUUAUUUCCUCAAAAGAGAUGUCAGAUGUGUCACACACAAGUGAAGUCAUCUUUGAACUAGUGGACAAAGCAAUCGAAGAUAUUGGUCCAAAUGAUGUGGUGCAAGUUGUGACUGACAAUGCUUCUAACAACAUGGGAGCAAAGAAGCUAUUGUAUGAGAAGAGACCACAGAUCUUUUGGACCUCUUGUGCAACUCACACAAUCAACUUGAUGCUCCAAGGAAUUGGCAACAUGCCUCGGUUCAAGAAGGUGAUUGACCAAGCAAAGGCAUUCACCAUAUUUGUCUAUGGGCACACAAGAACACUAGAGUGCAUGAGGUACUUCACUGAGGGCAAAGAGAUAGUAAGGCCAGGAGUGACUAGAAGGGGAAAAAUGCCACAGCAACUAAUAUUGAAUCCAAACUUUUGGAAGGAUGUGAAGUUGACAUUGGCUGUUUUUGAGCCAUUGUUCAAAGUUCUCCGUUUGGUUGAUGGAGAUGUGAAGCCGUCCAUGGGUUUUGUAUAUGGAGAACUAUUAAAGGCAAAGAGACAGGUCAACGAGGCCCUUGGCAAUAAUGAGUCCCGUUUCAAGGAUGUUAUUGCUAUUGUUGACAAGAAAAUGGCUGGAAGACUUGAUUCUCCAUUGCAUUUGACAGCUUAUUUGCUGAAUCCACACUACAGUUAUGCUGACCCUUCAAUCUUUGAUGCUCCCAAAAUGACAGAAGGAUUUAUCAGUUGUGUGGAGACUUUUUAUUAUCAUGAUGAAGACAUGCAAGAACAAGCUGCCAACAUUAAACUCCAGAAGUAUCAGAAUAGAGAAGGACCAUUUAGCAAGAAGCUUGCAAGGACUUUUGAAAACUUUGAUUAUAAUCCAGCAUCAUGGUGGCAGCUUUAUGGAACUGAAACACCAGCUCUACAGAAGAUGGCUACCAAGAUCCUAUCUUUAACAGCAAGUUCCUCUGGUUGUGAAAGAACUUGGAGUGGGUUUGAUGGGGUGCACACUAAGAAGAGAAAUAGGCUUACUACAGACCGCCUUAACAAGUUGGUCUACAUUCAAUUCAACAACAGGCUGAUUAAUAAGAGAGCAAAGAUCAAGUCAAAGAAAAUUACUGAUGUUCUUUUGUCUAGUGAUACAACUGAAGCUCAAGGUUUCCUCCAAGAGAAUGGAGAUGAUUGUGCAUUAGUUGUUUUUAGAGAUGAGGAAGAUGAGGAAGAACUCAUGGAAGGUACAGGGAUACCUUGGUCUGUGCUUGGAGAUGCAAUGGGAGCAGAAGAACAACUAGAGCUGCGUAGAAGUGCAAGGGUGAGAGAGCUCUAUGAAGAAGAGUUUGAGUCCGAAGAAAAAGAGUUUGAUGAAGAUGAGGAUGACUAUGUGAUGGAUGAACCCUACUGA